UGUAUAGGUUUUUGACCGGUGUUAGCUUCUCGUAGUCAAUGUUUGGCAGGUUGUUUUGACUACCGCAAUGAGCACACUUAAGACACAAGGCCUAGUCAACCGAAACGAGAUGACUUACAGCUACACACUUAGAUAAUUUUGAUCUUUUUAGAUCUACUCCUUUAAAGGCAAUUAAUUCUUGUUUAGUAGAUCUAUUCUGGUCUAGAAUCCAAUUAGUAUUACUGUUACAAGCAUCAGUGCUAUGGGCAGAGAGUUCAAAUCAGAGAAUGGUUCUCCUGCUUCAAAACAAAAUGUUACAUAUGAGACAGUUACCGAGCACAAUAAAAGAGAUGAUCAGUGGAUAGUGAUCAAUAACAAAGUUUACGAUGUGACAAAGUUUGCAAAGAAACAUCCAGGAGGUGCUAAGAUUCUGAACCACUAUGCAGGAGAGGAUGCUACAGAUGCUUGGGUAGCUUUUCAUAAUGACAAAGAGAAAGUUACCAAGUACUUGAAUGCACUCUACAUUGGGGAUGUUAUAGAUCCUCCAUUGACAAGUUUAAAGGAAGAUUUCCGAAGCUUAAGAAAGCUGGUAGAAGAUAAUGGAUGGUUAAAGCCAGAGCCUUUGUUCUUUAUAUGCCACUUCUUGCAUGUUGUCCUCUUUGAGGCUGCAGCUGUUUGCUUGUUGUGGUACUUUGGCACUAGCUGGCCAAUGGUGCUGUUAGCAGUGCUUUUCAUGACAAUCUCACAGGCUCAAGCUGGCUGGACACAGCAUGACUAUGGUCAUCACAGUGUAUUCCCAGACAUGAAGAGGUCACAUAUCUUUCAUCAUCUGACAGUUGGCUUUAUGAAGGGUGCCUCGUCCCAUUGGUGGAACUUUCGCCACUUUCAGCAUCAUGCCAAGCCUAACAUCAUAAGAAAAGAUCCUGACAUUGAGGUUGCCUAUCUAUUUCUAAUAGGAGAUAAGCUCCCCGUAGAGUUUGGCAAGAAGAAAAAAGGAUUCAUGCCUUAUCAAUGGCAGCAUAGAUAUUUCUUUCUGGUGGGACCUCCAUUGCUACUUCCCCUGUACUUCCAUUUUGAAAUUCUGUAUUUCUGUAUCAAAAGAAGAGACUGGCUGGAUUUGGCAUUGUCCAUUGGAUUCUUCCUUCGCUUCUUCUAUUUGUUUACACCAUUCUUUGGAGGCUGGGGAACAUUUGCUUUCUACAUGGGCAUUAGGUUUGUGGAGAGCCACUGGUUUACUUGGGUGACACAGAUGAGCCACCUGCCCAAUGUUGUGGACAGAGACAGCAAGGACAUGGACUGGUUCAGCCUGCAGCUACGGUCAUCCUGCAAUGUCCACCAAAGCUGGUUCAACGACUGGUUCACAGGCCACCUCAACUACCAGAUAGAGCACCACUUAUUCCCUACAAUGCCUAGAUGUAAUUUCCACAAAGUGGCACCACUUGUUCAGUCCUUAUGCAAAAAACAUGGCAUCGAGUAUCGCAACAAAACACUUUUUACAGCGUGUGCAGAUAUAGUGAGUAUGCUUAAAAAGUCUGGCCAACUGUGGUACGAUGCCUACAAUGAAUAGCAGCAGUUAUUGAUCAGCUCAGUCAUUUGUUCCCAAGUGUUAUCACCUCUACAAACCCUGCUUCAUUUAUUAACAGUAUUGAUACCACUAGCCUUUAGGGGUAGAAUGUACAUUGUUUUUUGUUUUUGCUUUGCACGGGUAGAACAGUAGCUAAUCAAAAAGUACUUAAUGUGAUGGUUUUGUUUUUUUGGUCUCUGAGUACACUCAAUCCUAAAUAUAGUGUAUGUGUUAAAAGAUUUGCAACUAAGAAAGGACACAUUUCACAUCUUAAAUACUCUGACAGAAAUCUUAAGAUUUAGUGGCACAGAGAAAAUGUCAGUCAAGCUCUUGGGUAUUACAUGACUUAAAAAAUGUAUUUCCUAGUUGGCAUUCGAUUUAACUGACAAGUUUUAUGCUAUUUGAAAUGUAUUUCCUGUAUGGCAUUGCAGAUUUCACUUUAAUCUACUUUCUAGUUGGCUUCAAAGCUUCAGACACCAAAACGCUCAGCUCAAUUUACAGGCAGGGAUUAAAUUACUCAUUUUGUUUUUACAAAUGUUUUAUGACAGUCAUUGUCAAAUGAGACGAAUGUGUGGCAUAGUGAAUUUUUUGUUAUAUGAUUUUUUUUUUUAAAUAUCUAAAUGGUCAUAGGUUAACAAUGUUAUUCGCCAAAAUAUCUAGCAUGGCAGUCCAGUUAAACCUAGUUUAAUCAAGCCUCACUGACCUGAUUCAAUUUUGUUACAAUACUCAGUCUUACUUAAAAUCAUUGUAACUUGUUUCUGCUGGAAUGAAAAGAAAGCUUCGAAGAUUUGAGAAUAGCUCACAAAUAGAGGAUUAACUGUAUUAAUUUAUUGUGAUACUAGUUUUACAAAUCAUGUUGAUGUUGUAAUUGAUUAUUUUUGUUAGAGAAAAAACACAUUUAUCAAGUCGUAUUUCAGACAAAGAAAUAAAUAUUUCAUCAGUAUUGAUAUACUUGGCAUGUACAGAGUCUACUUGUUUAUUUAUUUAUUUUGUACAUCUCCUUAUUAGCUUUGCCUUUUUAAAUUGAUUUUUAAAGAUGUAUCUUUAUUUAUUGUUAUAUAUAUAUACAUUGCUACUUAGCUCAUUACUUGUGUCAAUAAUUUUGUCUAAUCUUUUUUUCAAGUAUGGCAUGGCAGGCUUUUAGCACAUUUAUCACUGUGUGCUGUAUGUAAUAUUUGAUUCAGACAAUCACUAGCAAUACAUUUGUUUGCAUUAGAUAUGUAAGUGUUUACAAGUAGUAUUUGAUUGGAUAAAUCUCACAAGAUUGUUAUCUGUAAUUUCUUACACAAUCAGAUCUCAUAAUCGCUGAUUCUCAAUUUUGUGCAUGCUUCACCUUUGAGAACAUUUUGUUCCACAUUUUGAGAUAACUUUUGGAUGCACUAAUGGAAUUUUAGGCAACCUUGACCUUCUGAAGUUGGAAAGAGGGGAUUGUGGGAAAAGCUCAAUUUUUUUUAAAGAUUACAAAUAACUUUUAAACUCAUGGAUCAUUUGAUGUCAAAGUCUUUACAUUGUAUACAGGGUAUUCAUUUCAAUGUGUGUUUUGAUGUGAACUUAAUGCAUUUUGUGAACAAAAUCAAUCUUACAUGCACAAAUAUAAUUUUUUACUUAAUUUUU